AAAGGAAAGGAAAUACUGGAGGCCCAAAACAUGGAAGCACGCCUGUGAUGAAGGCUCAAUCCUCGAUAGGGCUCCCUACAAAGGAGAAACGCAUCCCGGAAGCUCCUGCCCUUCUCUCUGGAUAGAUUAUUAUAGACCCCCUUUUUUUUUUUUCAUUGAGAUUCUAAUAUCCACUUGAUUCUUGGUUAUGGGUGGGAAGCUCUGCAACAUUGUUGAUGGGGCGAAACCAGCCAUAGUAAUGGUGGUUGCGCAACUAGGCUUUGGAGGAGUUAAUAUUUUUUACAAGCUGGCUGUCAACGAUGGCAUGAACGUCAGGGUUCUUAUAGCCUAUAGAUUCAUCUUUGCCACAGCUUUUAUAUGUCCUCUUGCUUUCAUCUUGGAAAGGAGGAAGAGCGGUCCAAGAUUGACAUGGAUGAUAGCUCUACAAGGGUUUCUAUGCGGAUUAUUUGGAGGAGCAUUGGGUCAGAAUUUGUACCUCGAAAGUUUGGCUCUAACAUCUCCGACUUUUUCAGCGGCCAUGGCUAACCUCAUUCCGGCUGUUACGUUCAUCUUCGCCCUUUUUUUAGGGUUGGAGAGGUUGAAGAUUCGAACGUGGGCAGGGAGGGCUAAGGUGAUUGGCACCGUAUUGGGCAUAGGUGGAGCCAUGGUCCUCACCUUCUACAAAGGACCACAGAUCAACAUAUGGUCAACCAAAGUUAACCUUUUAAAGCACAAAGACCAACACGUGGCAGCAUCACACGGGGAGUUGGAUAAUCAUGUGUUGGGCUCAAUACUGGCCGUAGCCAGUUGUUUCUCGUAUGCAAUCUGGUUGAUAAUACAGGCGAAGAUGGGAGAGAGGUACCCAUUUGACUACUCUUGCACUGCUCUAAUGUGUGCUUCUGCAACGGUCCAAGCAAUUGUGUAUGCCAUGUGUAAGGAAAAAAAUUGGUCCGCGUGGAAGCUCGGAUGGAACAUCAGACUUCUCACUGUUGCCUACACGGGAUUUUUUGCGUCUGGAUUUAUGGUGGUCCUAGUCAGCUGGUGUGUACGCAAGAGGGGUCCUCUUUUUGUAUCAAUCUUCAACCCUCUCAUGCUGGUAUUUGUGGCCAUCCUUGGUUCCUUAAUCCUCGAUGAGAAGUUGCAUCUCGGAAGUAUAAUAGGAGGGGUGCUGAUAGUAAUUGGGUUAUACGCCAUGUUGUGGGCAAAAGGGGCGGAGAUGAAGAGCAUGGCCACACUCUCACAUUCCAAAAGCUCCAAAGAGGCAGAAAUAAUAAAUGUGGGCACAGCCCCAGCUAAAGAUGAUGAGGAUGCUAUUGCUAGUGAUGUAUCAACUGCAGCUGCCGCCAACCCCAGACAGUGAUAAGUAUCGAUUGUUUUGGGUUGUUCCACCUCUGCUGCUCCUGCUGCUGCUUCAAUAUCUAUCUUUUUUUCACUGGAUGAGACAGGGGCUUCUUCCACUGGGGUCCCUGACUUCUCAACUUCUGGGAGUUUCUGUUCGGUAGAUGAGACUGGGGGUUCUUCCACUGGGAUUUUGGACUUUUCCACUUCUGGGAGUGUCUGUUCAGUAGAUGAGACCAGGGCUUCCUCAACAGGAGUUUCAGAUUUUUUGCAACUUUGAGUUUCUUUUCACAUUCCUCAGUGGCCUUUUCAAUAAGUGACUUUGUUCUUGUUUUGUUACCUCAGAUUGUACCUUAUCUUCUUCUUUAUUUGAAUAAUCCCCCUCUUCAUUCUGUGCACAAA